UGAUCGGAAGAAAUCUUCCCAGGAAAAUGCCAGGAAAAAGCCUCUAAUGAAUCUGACCAAAUACUUCAUUUUAAACACACACACACACACACACACAGAGACAGUCUCCUUAUGCUAGUGUGGAUUCAAAAGUAACGCAGAAAGCGAGCAUGUUCAGGAGCAGCAGCAGCAGCAGCAGCCUCCCAUUCCAAAUGCCCUCCACCAAGGCGGUGUACUCGGCCGCCGCCACAGCCGCCGCCGCCGCCAUGAUAGUCCGGUCAGCGAUCAAAGUGUACAUGCCCCCGGAGCUUCGAAGCUACCUCUACUCCAAGCUCCAACAGCUUCUUGGCUCGCUCUCGAGCCAGUUCACGAUUGUGAUCGAGGACUUCGAUGGCAUGAACCCGAACGAGCUCUUCAGGGCGGCAGAACUCUACCUCGAGCCCACUGUCUCUACCGGCACCAGGAGGUACCGGGUCUCCUUGCCGAAGAAGGAGACGAAGAUCUCCUUAGUGAUGGAGAGGAACUCCGAGCUCGUCGAUUCGUUCAAUGGGGUCAAGCUCAAGUGGAGGCUCGUGACGAAGUCGAUCAAGCCCAGGCACAUUGGGGGGUGGGACCCGUAUAACCCGAUUUAUGUGUCGGAGCUACGACGCCAUGAGCUGAGCUUCGACAAGAAGCACAAGGAGAUGGUGCUGACGACAUACCUGCCCUUCGUUAUGGAGAGGUCAAGGGAGCUGACAGAGGAGAAGAAGACCUUGAAGCUCUUCACUCUACGGGCCGACGGGCGGCACGUCGGCAGAGGCAACCCUUGGCAGUCGGUGAACCUUGACCAUCCAGCCACCUUCGAGACGCUGGCUAUUGACUUGGAGGCUAAGAAAGCCAUUAUCGAGGACCUCGAGAAGUUUGUGAAGAGGAAGGAGUUGUACCGGAAGGUCGGGAAGGCCUGGAAGAGAGGGUACCUGCUGUAUGGGCCACCUGGAACCGGGAAGUCGAGCCUGGUCGCCGCAAUGGCCAAUUACCUCAACUUUGACAUAUAUGACCUGGAGCUCAGCGAAGUAAGGAGCAACUCUGCUCUCAGGAAGGCUCUCAUCAGAACCUCAAACAGAUCGAUACUCGUGGUCGAGGAUAUUGACUGCUCCAUCAAGCUGCCCGAUAGGCACGGGCAACCCACGACCAGAGUCUUUAAUCAUCGUGGUCGGUUGAUUAGAGAAGAUAGGGGGGUGACUUUGUCCGGGCUGCUCAACUUCGUAGACGGGCUAUGGUCAACCUGUGGCGAUGAACGGAUCAUCGUGUUCACGACCAACCACAUAGACAAGCUUGACCCGGCGCUGCUACGCCCAGGACGAAUGGACGUCCACAUCCAUAUGUCAUACUGCACACCUGAAGGGUUCAGAACUCUGGCCUCGAACUACCUCGGGAUCACAUGCCAUCCGCUCUUCACAGAGGUCGAGGCCCUGAUCCUGAAGACAAGGGUGACUCCAGCUGAGGUUGGUGAGCAGCUGAUGAGGCAUGAGGACCCAGACCCGGCGCUGAAGGGGUUGAUCGAGUUUAUCGAAGAAAAGCAGGCAAACGAAGAUUCUAAGGCUCGUGAAGGAGGAUGCACAGCACAAGAGGCGAGAGUCCAGGGGGUCUUGGAGAAGAAUGAAAGCUCAGGACAGAAGCCAUUUGAGAUUUUCUGAAGAUAUGCUAUUCGUGAUGAUGUACCAAAAAUGUUGCCAAAAAAAUCCUUCAGAUCCAACAUAACAUUAGAAUCUCAAAA